AUGGCCGGUGCAGAAUCUCCCCCCUUGCUAUCCAAAACGAGCUCCAACUCCAUAGAACUGACCGAGCUCGAAGAAAUUACAGUCACGCCGGACACUCACCAUCGCCAUGUCUUCAACCCGGUGUCCUACAACGUGCUUCCGGCGACUGACUCAGAUGACGAGGACGACAGGGACGACUCUGGAAGCCGUGCGCUGUUGGGUUCGCCCAGCAGUCGCUUUCAGUCUCUAUUCGCACAUCGUGUCGACGUAUGGCAUCAGGUCAAGGGCAUAGUGAUACAGACCUUACCAACGUUACUCGUCACUACGAUAGGUCUCAUGUUCGUAGGAAAUAUCCUGGAGGCUGUGUCGCAUUGGAAAGCCAUGAAUCGUGUGGACGAGUUGAUCAUUCUGGUACCAGUUGUACUGAACCUGAAGGGCAACCUCGAGAUGAAUCUUUCUGCACGUCUUGGCACCGCGGCAAAUCUCGGGAAGCUGGAUAAACCGGACACUCGUCGUAGUCUUGUGUUGGGUAAUCUUGCUUUACUACAGGUACAAGCUGCCGUGGUAUCUUUUGUCGCCGCAUGUGUUGCAUUUUUGUUUGGCCGUAUAGUAUCUCAUUCCCCGGGGGAGCAAGCUGCAUCCAUGACAUCGCCUGGAACUAACCUCACCAAUGCAACCGCCAUCGCCCAUGCUGUACUUUCAACUCUACAUGAUUCGAGACAAAACAAUUUGCCAUCUUCUGGGCGGAAGCGCAUUACUGUCCCCGCUGAAUUUAUCAUGGUUGUGUCGGCUUCCAUGUGUUCUACAGCUAUCGCUAGGAUCGACCCAGGCGAGCCUUUUGACAACAUAGCACCUCCAGUCGCUUCGUGCUUGGGCGAUCUGGUAACACUGACCAUCUUGAGCUUUGUCUCUGUUUUCCACGUCAGCGUUGUCCACACGCCCAUCCCGCUAAUUUUAGUCGUGGUCUUGACCGCGGCUGCUAUUGGCUGGGUCGUUGUCGUGAGACGAAACCCUCACGUCCGACAUUUACUUGCCCAAGGCUGGUUUCCUCUGUUCGCCGCAAUGAUCGUUAGUAGUGGCGCUGGGAUGGUGUUAGACAGGUUUGUGAGUCGUUAUCAAGGGUACGCACUCCUUGAGGCGGUAGUUACUGGCAAGUCUUACCUUGCCCUCGAGAAAAUAUCUAAUAAUUUUAUCACGCAUCUUCCAGGUCUGGCGGGAAGCGUCGGCUCUAUCUUCGUCUCGCGUUUAUCAACUGCCCUCCAUGUGGCUACUAUGGGUCAUCCUACCUCAAUCUCCGACCACACACCACACCCUAGUACUCGAUUGGUGUCCGUGACCUUGUUAGUUGUCAGCUUUCCGGUUCAGAUUAUCUUCCUUUGCUUGAUCUACGCAUUCGGUUGGCUACACCUUCCUAUCGUCUUCCUCGUGCUCGAAGUUAUCUUCUUUUGUAUAGCCGUCGCCAUAUCCCUUUCCGUUGCUCAGGUUGUCACGAAUUAUCUCUGGAAGCGGGAUCUGGACCCGGACAUGUAUGCCAUGCCGCUGCAGUCUGCGGUCAUGGAUCUCGUUGGGCAACUUCUAUUGGUGUUAUGUUAUGAGGCUGCGGCUUUGCUUGGCUCGAAAGUACGUAGCAAAACGGGAAGAUAA